AUGGCGAGAAUGAUAAACUACAUGCCUACCGCAUGGCGUCUCUGGGGUAGAGUUCGUGGAAUUGCCCUGCCUCAAGAUAGGUUUCAGUUCAUAUUCCAGAGGGAAGAAGACCUUCUCACGGUCCUCAAGUAUCGUCCAUGGUCCUACAACCACUGGACUCUGCUACUGGAACGUUGGUGCCCCUCUCCACCGCGAGAUUUCCUCACCUCUCUGGAAGUAUGGAUCCGCAUCAGGAAUAUUUCGGUGGAACACUACACUUCAGGCACUAUGUACAUGCUUGCCAAGAAGAUUGGUCAUGUAGAAGAGAUAGCCUACGAUCCUAAAGUGUCUCAGACUACUGACUACAUCCGAGCCAAAGUUACUCUUAAGGUUGAGGACCCUGCUUUUGAGGCAAAGAACCUCCAUCUUCCUUCUGGUGAGAUCACGGUGAUCACCUACGAGUAUGAAAAGAUCCAUAAGCGUUGCUACUCGUGCUUUCGCUUGACCCAUGAAAAAGCUCGUUGCCCCUAUUCCAAGAAGAAGUUUCAGGCUGCAGGUCCUAGCAAGCCUCCAGCUCCUGUCACCGAACCUUUAUUGGAAGGCAACUCUGCUCCAAGAACAGAGGAGAAUCGGGUGCAUGGCCCACCUGGUUUCCCUCUUUUAUUCCCGGAACUAUCGGAAGAAGAUCAACGCAUGGCUCUGCAAUACGUGUCUCACUCAGAUGAUACGGAACGAAGAGCUAGGAUCUUGCGUGUGAGACAAUCAAUUGAAGCCACUCCGAAAGUUCAAGAUGUCAUGCUUAGAAUCUCGCACGAUGUCAACAAGGAGAAAGGACAUGUCUUCAACUAUCAUAGUCAACAGAAAGAGUCUUCAGUACACUCUAGAUUGGGUAAGGCCCCAGCCUGCCCCCUCCUGGAGGAUCAAACAACUGUUGACUACGAGUCAGAAAAUUCGGUUGAGCAUAACAGCUCCCCUGCACUCUUGAUCCAAGGUUCAACGGUUUUCAGUCAGGGUGUACACGCCCCAUCUGUUUCUACCGGAACCUUGAGGUCCAGGAAAAGGGAUAGGAGACGUCCUCCUGCUUGGGUAAGAAGAACCAGGGUUAACACAAAGGUGAACAGCUUCUCAGGCGAGGACAUUGAGGCUUCUGUUACAGACACGUUAGGAAAGAAAAAGGCAGAUAACCCUACGAAUUCAUCUGCAAACAAAUCUACCAAAACCCAAAACUCUACGGUGGCUUCCGAUUUGAAGCCGCUGCCAUCCCAAUGA